AUGUCGCAUAACGAACAACAAGCAGCCAAACCAUCUAUCGGUCAAAAGAUCGGAGGAGGAAUUGAGGAGUUAGUCGGCAAAGUCACUAGCAACCCAGGAAAAGUCGCCGAAGGAGAAGCCAAGAAAAAUGGUUUCGCAGGACCUCCAGGUGGUGCUCAAGGCUAUAACCACACUCUUCACGAAGGUCAAAACCCCGGUGGACCAGUAGGAGAACAUGCCGUCGAUGCCAAACACUCUCACGCCGGCCAACACGGUGCUGGUGCUGCUACCGGUACCGGCAUUGCUGGUGAACAUGACCAUGACCACAAAUCGCACACUGGUCCUCGUUCCCACACUGGUGAAGGGGGAAUCUUAUCCAACAAUAACUCUAAUGCCCCUCACUCAAACGUCGGUCACAACGAACACCAACACCAACAACACGGUAUCAAUAACCAACAAACACCUUUCCCCUCUUCUACUGCCCAAGGUGCAGGUCUCGGUAAUCACUCACAACAAGGUCAUGCCUAUGACGGUGUCGGACGACCUUUCCAAGGUCAACAUUCAGGUUUAGGCGGCGGUGAAAUCUCUUCUUCCACUAGAAACCAUGAAUCGACUGGAUUAGGUUCAUCUCACGGUCAACAUGGUGAAGGAUUCGGCGCCCCUGGUGCUUCCGGUUUAACUGGAAACCACAACCACAACAACGCUUUGACUGGUGACCACAACCAUGGUGGUAUCGGUGGUACCGGUAUCGGUCACAACCACGGUACUUCAGGUAUCGCAGGCCACAAUCAAGGUUUACCAUUGGGCCAAGAGAAAUUCGGUGGUGGUGGACCGGAAGGCAUCAUCGGUGGACAAGGUCACAAUGGUCAACAAGGUAUCUCAGGUGGUCAUCACGAUGGACUUACCGGUGGACAAGGUCAUCAAGGUAUCACUGGUCAAGGUCACCAAGGUAUCGCCGGUCAAGGUCGGGAUGAAUUCACAAGUGGUCAAGGUCACCAAGGUCUUACAGGUGAACAUCGUCAAGGUCUUACAGGUGAUCACCGUGAAGGACUUACAGGCGGACAAGGUCAAGGUCAUCAUCUCGGUCAAGGACAAAACCAAAGUCAUCUUCCCGGUUCAGGAUUGGGUGGAAACCAAAGUGGACUUGAGGGUGAGAGAAGAUACUAG